UGAACGUGAUGACGACAGAAGGAAACGUAGUAAAGAUGGCGGCCUUGGCUGUGAAAGCAGAGUUGAGGUUCAGAGACGGACAGAGAGAAAACAUCAGCGUUAAAGUAGAAAAUACUCUUUGUUCUGUGAUCAGCGGGAUUCACGAGCUGAACGAGAACGUCUCUCGGCUCCUCAGCGAGCUGGUGCAGCGCGAGAACACCUGCGGAGUCUGCGCAGAAGAUGAGGAUGAGGACAGUGAUGAAGAGGAUGGGGAGCCUCAAAGCUCUCACCUACAACCUCCUGCUAAAAGAUCCAAAACCUGAAACACCUGAGGACAAAACAUGUGAUACACAUAAGGACACUUCACCGGUCACCAAAGACACCGGAGGACAUAUGAAACACCUGAGGACACAAAAUGUGAUACACCUGAGGACAUGUGAUGUUGUUUUAUGUUUAGAUACAUUGAGAGUUUCAUAUUUGUAAUAAAUAUUAUAAAUGUUUUCUUUUUCUUUCUUCCAACCAUCCUGGUACCAAACUCACAGGUGUUGUAGCUUCAGAGAGAGACGUCCCUUUGUCUUAUUUUAACACUCAUAUUUUAACGGUUUUAUGACAAACUAAGACUUUCUUGACUUGACUACUGUACAUAUUCUUUCUGAAAUAAGGUCCCACGGUGGUCCCCAUGAAGGGGCGGGACUUCACAUCUAAGCGCCAUCCUGACCCACGGCGUUGUCUCUGGUCCUCAGUUAAACACUGUUAGAGUAAAACAUAGAGACGGACUGGGAGCUAACAUGAGAUGGUCAGUAACGGUCUGUUGAUAAGCGGACCUUCUCUCCUCCAGCCUCCUUCUCUGUCCACUUCCUGAAGCGGUGGCUGGACAGCACUGCAGGAGACAAGAUGGCGUCAUUCCCCGACUGUGUGGAGCAGAAAGCGAGAAUCAGUGGCUACAGCGGGUAACCUGGUGUUCU